AUGGCGACCAAUGGUCCAUCCUCCCAGUCCAGUCGCCUAUUCUGUAUACGGGACAAAACAUCAGCCCGCCGCUUCCUUGUGGACACCGGCGCGGAGGUGAGCGUAUUGCCAGCGAGCGGAAACGAACGCCGACAGCCACCUCUCUUCCACCUCACCGCUGUUAACGGAUCUAAGAUCCCCGUGUACGGUCAACGCUCCCUCACGUUGAACCUGUGUCUCCGCCGUGUGUUCCGUUGGCUCUUCCUGGUUGCGGCUGUCUCUCACCCCAUUCUCGGCGCAGACUUUCUUAAUAACCAUCAGCUGCUCGUCGAUAUGCGCAACCACCGACUCAUUGACUCUGCCACCAGCCUCACUGUCUCCGGAAUACGAUCGUCCCAUCAGUCUCUGGGCGUGUCAGUCUUCCAAGCUGACGGUAAUCCCUACCUUGCCGUCCUCAAUGAGUUCCCUCAACUCACGCGCCCACCAGAUUGGUCGAAGCCUGUCCCGCACAGUGUGGUUCACCACAUCGAGACAAAAGGUCCUCCCGUCUUCUGCCGCCCCCGUAGACUACCGCCGGAGAAGCUGAAAAUUGCGAAGGACGAAUUUGACCACAUGUUGGAAAUGGGCAUUAUUCGUCCAUCAUCAAGCAGCUGGGCCUCUGCUCUCCACAUGGUCCCAAAGAAAACCGGUGACUGGCGGCCAUGUGGGGACUAA